AUGUCACACAGCUCCUGUUCUCAGCGCAAAUGGGACGAUAAAACUCACACCUCCAUCAUCUUAGGAAGUAGCCAGCUGCUUGUCACUGGAGGUGUGCAAGGGGAAGAUUCCCAGGGGAGGAGAGAAAAGCUGACCUCUCUUGUCUGGCUCCUUCCCAGGCACAGCUCUGUCAAAGCUGAGGAGGCUGCUGGCACGGCUCCUUUCCACCUCGACCUCUGGUUCUACUUCACCCUGCAGAACUGGGUUCUAGACUUUGGGCGCCCCAUUGCCAUGCUGGUGUUCCCUCUCGAGUGGUUUCCGCUCAACAAGCCCAGCGUGGGGGACUACUUCCACAUGGCCUACAACGUCAUCACGCCCUUCCUUCUGCUCAAGCUCAUCGAGCGGUCCUCCCGCACCCUGCCGCGCUCCCUGAUCUACAUCAGCAUCAUCACCUUCAUCAUGGGCGCCAGCAUCCACCUGGUGGGCGACUCCGUGAACCACCGCCUGCUCUUCAGUGGGUACCAGCACCACCUGUCCGUCCGCGAGAACCCGAUCAUCAAGAAUCUCAAGCCCGAGACGCUGAUCGACUCCUUUGAGCUGCUCUACUACUACGACGAGUACCUGGGCCACUGCAUGUGGUACAUCCCCUUCUUCCUCAUCCUCUUCAUGUACUUCAGCGGCUGUUUCACUCCCACCAAAGCCAAGAGCUCAAUGCCAGGGGCGGCCCUGCUCCUGGUGGUGCCCAGUGGCCUGUACUACUGGUACCUGGUCACCGAGGGCCAGAUCUUCAUCCUCUUCAUCUUCACCUUCUUCACCAUGCUGGCCCUCAUCCUGCACCAGAAGCGCAAGCACCUCUUCCUGGACAGCAAUGGCCUCUUCCUCUUCUACUCCUUUGCCCUCACCCUCCUGCUUGUGGCACUCUGGGUCGCCUGGCUGUGGAAUGACCCUGUACUCAGGAAGAAGUACCCAGGUGUCAUCUAUGUCCCUGAGCCCUGGGCCUUCUACACCCUCCACGUCAGCAGCCGACACUGAGUCCCUGGCAGCAGCCGCUGGUGCUCUGCUGGGCGGGAGAUGGACCACAGAGGGUGUCUGAGCAUGGGU